AUGGCGCCGAUCAAGCGCAAGGGGAAUGCCCCCGAAGAAUCGGCUGCUCGCCAGCCGCAAAAGCGCGCCAAGGUCGGAGCGGAGGAGAACAAAAAGGAUUUCAAGCCUCAGGAUUCCGCCCCGAAGGCUUCGGAGCUCUCGAUUCUCCGCGACGACGAGCCAUCCUUCCCUCGUGGUGGCGGCAGUGUCCUGACUCCCUUGGAGCGCAAGCAAAUUCAGAUUCAAGCCAACAAAGAUGUGUUGUUCGAGCAAAAGGGUCAGAAGAAGCAGACCCGCGAAUUUGACGACGACAACGAUGACGACGAAGAUGAUGUCGAUAUGGAGGACGGAGAGACCACAACUACCGCCAAGAAGUCAAGGAAGAAGAAGGCCAAGGGUAAGAAGUCUGCCGAGCAGGACAAGCCUGAGAAAGAGGGCGUGCGUAUUGAGCCUCUCACCUACAAGCGUAUUGUCCCUGGAUCUAUGAUUCUGGUACUUGACGACAAGAUUGAGAAGCUGCUGAACAACGAGGAUGAUGAUGAUGAAGACGAGGAAAGUUCGGACGAGGAAUCUUUCGACCUCAAGGACUUCUUCUAUCUCGGUCAAUACGUGCGUGCCUAUGUUGUUUCCACUGGCACUGAGGCUUCCGAAGCCGGUGGCCGCAGCAAGAAGCGCAUUGAAUUGUCUCUAGACCCCAGACAAGCCAACGCUGGCCUCAAGAAGUCGGACUUAGUGGAAGAGUCAGUCCUCCAGGCUUCCGUCAUCAGUGUCGAGGACCACGGCCUGGUCAUGGACCUUGGUAUCGAGGGUUCAGACCUGAAGGGCUUCAUGUCUUCCAAGGAGAUUGAUCCUCACGUGGAGUAUUCUAAGAUAAAGGAAGGAAUGGUUUUCCUCUGUGUUGUUACUGGUCAGAAUGCCAGUGGCAAUGUCAUCAAGCUGUCGGCCAACCUUCAGUCCGCUGCUUCGAUCAAAAAGUCCCAUUUCCUCAGCGCCGCCCCUACUAUCAACUCAUACCUUCCCGGUGUUGCGGCAGAGAUUCUGUUGACUGAAGUUACCCAAAACGGUAUGAUGGGUAAGAUUAUGGGCAUGCUCGACACUACUGUCGAUCUUGUCCAAUCUGGUGCCAAUGACGGAAAGCUCGAUUUGGUGCGCAAGUACAAGAUCGGUGCCAAAAUUAAGGGUCGUAUCGUCUCGACUUUCCCUUCUGCUGAGCCUUUCAAGGUCGGCUUCUCGCUGCUCGACCACAUUGUUAAGCUUUCUUCCGAUGCUCACGGCCCCGGCUCCUCUGAGGACGCUCCUGCUCUCUCCGCGAUUGUUCCUGAAGCCAAGGUGGUGCAGGUUGAUCCCGGCAUGGGUGUUUAUGUGCAGAUCGGGGAGACCAAGCACCUUGGUUUCGUCCAUAUCUCAAGGCUCUCCGACGGUAAGGUCGAAUCCAUUUCGGCCGACUCCGGACCUUUCCAGCUCGGAGCUACCCACGAAGCCCGUAUCGUUGGAUACAACAAGAUUGAUAAUCUUUAUCUCCUUUCAUUCGAGAAGACUGUCAUUGAGCAACCUUUCCUCCGGAUUGAAGAUGUCGCCGUCGGUGCUAUCGUCAAGGGAAAGAUUGAGAAGACAUUGAUCGGACCUACCGGUAUGGAUGGAUUGAUUGUUAGCCUGGCUGAUGGUAUUACCGCUCUUGUCCCCUCCAUGCAUUUUGCGGAUACUCAGCUUCAGCACCCCGAGAAGAAGUUCCGUGAGGCCCUGAAGGUUUCCGCCAGAAUCUUGUCCGUCAAUCUUGAGAAGCGGCAAAUUCGAUUGACCCUGAAGAAGAGUUUGCUGAACAGCGAGUCUGCUAUCUGGAAGGACUAUAAGGAAAUCACUCCCGGAUCCCAGUCUCCGGGUACCAUUGUCAAUCUGCAGGCUCACGGUGCGGUUGUCCAGUUCUACGGCACCAUUCGCGGCUUCCUUCCCGUGUCCGAGAUGAGUGAAGCUUAUAUCAAGGACCCUGCUCAGCACUUCAAGCUUGGCCAGGUCGUCAACGUGCACGCUCUGAGCGUUGAUGCUUCUCAGGGCCGUCUGGCCGUUUCAUGCAAGGACCCUUCGAGCUUCACCGAGAAGUACCGCAAGGCCAUUGAGGACUUGCAACCCGGCAUGCUUGUUUCUGGAUCAGUCUUCGAGCAGUCCAAUGAUGAUGUGCUUCUCAAGCUUGACGAGUCUGGUCUUGUCGCCCGUCUUGACGUGCAACACAUAAUUGAUGGAUCACCGUCCAAGCAAAGCUCGACUUUGUCCAAGAUUCGCGUGGGUCAAAAGCUGAACGAUCUUCUCGUUCUCGACAUUCAGCGUGCCCACCGCCUCAUUCGUGUCUCUAGUCGAGCUAGUUUGAAGAAGGCUGCUAAGCAGGGUUCCAUGCCUGGCAAAUUCGAAGAUAUCCAAGAGGGAUCAACCGUCACUGGCUUCGUUCGCAACAUCACCCCCGCUGGCCUGUUCGUUGAGUUCUUGGGUGAUCUUACCGGCCUCAUUCCUAAGCGUCUCAUCGAAGAUGCCAGUUUGUCUCAGCCAGAAUUCGGCAUGUCGAGGGGUCAGACCAUCACUCCGACAGUCCACUCAAUUGACCACGACCUCCAGCGGUUCAUCCUUAGCUUAAAGCCCUCCGAGGCUACUCAAGCUGGCCCCAAGAAGACCAAGACCAAGACACCACAGACUGAUGAUGCUCUCGCCAACCCCAUUGACGAGAACGUCUCCACGAUCUCUGACCUGGCGUUUGGCCGUGUUGUCAAGUGCAAGGUUGCCUCUAUCAAGGCCACUCAGGUCAAUGUUCAGUUGGCCGAUAACAUUCAGGGACGUAUCGAUGUCUCUGAGAUCUUCGAUAAGUGGGAGGACCUCAAGGACCGCAAGCACCCCCUGCGUUUCUUUAAGCCUAAGGAGGUUCUAUCUGCCAGAAUCAUCGGUGUCCACGAUGCGCGCAGCCACAAGUUCCUCCCUAUCUCCCACCGCACCGGUAAAUACCCUGUCUUCGAGCUCUCCAUCAAGCCUACCUUCAUGAAGGCUGCCAACCCCAAUCUGUUGAACAUGGAGCAGGUCAAGGUCGGCUCUUCCUGGAUGGGCUUCGUCAACAACGUUGCUGAUGACUGCCUUUGGAUCAACCUUUCUCCCAAUGUCCGUGGUAGACUUCGCUUGAUGGAUGCUUCGGAUGACCUGUCUCUCCUGACCGAUGUUGAGAAGAACUUCCCCAUUGGAUCUGCGCUCAAGGUCCAAGUUACCGCUGUCAACGCUGACAAGGGUCAUUUGGAUCUGACUGCCAAGCAGGGCUUCGACAAGCUUUCCUUCGGAGACAUUUCCGUCGGUAUGAUCCUGCCCGGACGUGUAACCAAGGUCACCGAGAAACAAGUCAUCAUGCAGCUCGGCGAGGCCCUCGUUGGUGCUGUUAACCUGAUUGAUAUGUCCGACGACUAUUCCAAGGCCAACCCUACUGUGCACCAGAAGAACGAGGUCAUUCGGGCUUGUGUCAUUGCCGUUGACAAGGCCCAUAAGAAGAUCUACUUGUCUCUUCGUCCUUCCAAGGUGAUGAGCGCGACCUCAAGCCCCAACGACGUUGUUCGUGGCUUUGUCAAGCGCGUCACUGACGCCGGUCUCUUUGUCUCUGUCGGUCACGAUGUUACCGCCUAUGUACGCAUCUCUGACCUAUCCGACUCAUACCUCAAGGAGUGGAAGGACUCGUUCCAAGCCGAUCAGCUUGUCAAGGGCAGAAUCACUUUGGUCGAUGCCGAGCAGGGCAAAUUGCAGAUGAGUCUGAAGGAGUCUGUGCUGGACCCUAACUUCAAGAACCCUGUCACCAUUCGGGAUCUUAAGACUGGCCAGGUCGUUACCGGCAAGAUCCGGAAGGUUGAGGAGUUCGGUGCAUUCAUUGUUGUCGAUGGCUCCCGAAACGUCAGCGGUCUUUGCCACCGCAGCGAGAUGGCUGAUAAGCGCGUUGAGGAUGCUCGUACCUUGUACAAUGAGGGUGAUGCUGUGAAGGCCAAGGUUAUCAAGAUCGACCUGGAGCAGAACAAGAUCUCCUUCUCUCUCAAGGCCUCCCACUUCCAAGAUGAGGCGGAAGACAGCGAGGAUGAGGAGAUGAACGACGAGCUUGGUGGUGUCGAGCUGGCUGGAAGUGAAGACGAGGACGAAGAUGACGAAGACGUAUCCAUGGGAGGCGUUGAGGUCGAAGACGACAGUGAAGAGGAAGAAGAGGAGGAAGAGGAGGAAGAGGAAGAGAGUGACGAUGAGGACGUUACCAUGUCGGGUACCAAGCCUUCCAAGGCUGGUGGUCUUGGUGCUGAUGGCUUCGACUGGAGCGGCAACGUCCAGUCCAAGCAGGACGCCGCCGUCGACAGUGACGAUGAGGACUCAAAGAAGAAAAAGAAGAAGAAUCGCAAGCCCGAGAUCCAGGUUGAUCGCACCGGCGAUCUGGAUGCGAACGGCCCUCAGACUGUCGCUGAUUACGAGCGCCUUCUUCUGGGUGAGCCCGAUUCUUCUCUCUUGUGGCUGCAGUACAUGGCCUUCCAGUUGGAGCUUGGUGAGGUCGAGAAGGCUCGCUCUAUUGGUGAGCGUGCUUUGCGCACCAUCACCAUGGGACAGGAUGCCGAGAAGCUGAACAUUUGGGUCGCGAUGCUGAAUUUGGAGAAUACCUACGGCAACGACGACAGCCUUGAGGAGAUCUUCAAGCGCGCGUGCGAGUACAACGAGCCGGCGGAGAUCUAUGAUCGCAUGAUCAGUAUCUACAUCCAGUCUGGCAAGAACGAGCAAGCGGAUGAGCUCUUCAAGCAGGCCAUGAAGAAGAAGAUUUCCAACCAGUCACCGAAGUUCUUCCUCAACUACGCCAGCUUCCUCUUUGACGCUAUGGCAGCUCCCGAGCGCGGCCGCGGUCUGCUCUCGCGCGCCUUGCAGUCACUCCCGGCCCACACACACGUCGAGACCACUUCCAAGUUCGCACAGCUGGAAUUCCGGUCAGCGAAUGGCGACGUGGAGCGCGGUCGUACCGUCUUCGAGGGACUUCUGUCUUCAUUCCCCAAGCGCAUUGACCUGUGGAACGUCCUUCUCGAUCUGGAGAUCAAGGCCGGCGACGCGGAACAGGUUCGCCGCCUGUUCGAGCGUGUGCUGGGACUUCAGAACAAGAAGGGUAAUGUCAGCAUCGAUGCUAGCAAGAAGGUUAAGCCGAAGCAGGCCAAGUUCUUGUUCAAAAAGUGGCUUGCUUUCGAGGAGAAGCUUGCUGCCGAGGGCGGCGACGAGAAGAUGGUGGAGGAUAUCAAAGCGCGGGCUGCGGCCUACACCAUUGCCGACGAGCUAAUCAUUGCACGCAGGGGAAUCAUACAAUUCAUCUCACUGGCCUGCGGCAUCGUACUCUCGUUCUUCCCGGAUGAAUAUGAUCGCGCGGCUCACGUCUGGUCGCAAGGUGACUCCAACCCGGAGGAUAUCACCCACUGGCCCACCGACAUAUCGCGCGAUAUCAUCCCUAAAGGCUGCCACUCGCACAACGACUACUGGCGCCGCGUGCCUCUGUUCUCCGCACUACAGGCCGGAUGUAUCGGCGUCGAAGCUGAUGUUUGGCUGUUCGAUGAAGAGCUAUACGUCGGCCACACCAGGUCCGCCUUGACAUCUCGCCGUACUCUGCAGUCAAUGUACAUCGACCCGCUUGUGAAGAUUCUCGAGCGCCAAAACCCUGUUACAUCGUUACAUCGUACCAUCGACCAGCCUCCGCACGGAGUGUGGGAUACAGACCCCGACCAGAGCGUGAUCCUGCUGAUCGAUUUCAAGACCGAUGGCGCCGCUACUUACCCUGCCGUGGUAAAGCAGCUGGCUCCGCUGCGCGAGCGAGGCUAUUUGACCUAUUUCAAUGGGCGCGAAUUGAUUCCAGGCCCCGUCACCAUUGUCGGGACCGGGAACGCGCCCUUCGACCUCAUAUCCGCUAACUCAACGUACCGGGACGUCUUCUUUGACGCGCCGCUCGACAAGCUCGUCGACGACAGCCUCGAGGGUCAGUACAUCUCCACCAAGCGGUCAAGAGGUCGAGGUGAAGGCCAAGGCAACUCCGGCAUGCCGGAGACUAUCAAUUCGCACACAUUUAAUCUGACGAAUAGCUACUACGCCUCCGUCUCCUUCAAGAAAGCUAUCGGCUUCCCUUGGCCAUUCCAUUUCUCGCAACACCAGAUGGAUCUCAUCCGGACGCAGGUUCGCGUUGCGCAUCACCAUGGCUUGAAAGUGCGCUACUGGGGCCUACCAAGCUGGCCGCGUAGUCUGCGAAAUCAUAUUUGGAGGAUCUUAGCCCAGGAGGGAGUUGAUAUGCUCAACGUGGAUGAUUUGCUGGGUGCCACUAAGGGGAGUGGAGGAUCCAAAUCUUGGACUGGUGGAUCUAGGCUCAAAUUGGCUUUGUUGAGGCUAUUGAUUCAUGACCAUGAAUGA